CUGUCUCAAAUCUCAUCCUGCGCUGUCUCACUUGACACUCGGCCGUGAACAUGUUCAACCGCAAGGAACUGGGCGUCGUCGCCGCCCUUGGUCUGCUGGCUCAGGCCGCUCCCGCCCCGGCCCCGGUGCAGCCUCGCUCCGUGACGACUGCUGUCCUCGACAAGCUCGACCUUUUCGCCCAGUACAGUGCUGCAUCCUACUGCUCCUCGAACAUCGACUCCGCCGGUACAACCCUGACCUGCUCCGUCGGAAAUUGCCCGCUGGUCGAGGCUACCGGCGCCACGACCAUUGAUGAGUUCGACGAGAGCACAGACUUCGGUGAUGCGACGGGUUUCGUCGCCGUCGACCCAACCAACGAGGCGGUCGUGGUGGCCUUCCGUGGCAGCUCGGAUCUCGCGAACUGGAUCGCCGACCUGGACUUCGGCCUCACGUCCGUGAGCGACAUCUGUUCGGGCUGUGAAAUGCACAGCGGGUUCUACGAUGCGUGGAACACCGUCGGUGCCACGAUCACCGCGAAGGUCGAGGCCGCGAUUGCCGAGUACCCCGACUACUCGAUCGUCUUCACUGGACACAGCUACGGCGCUGCUCUGGCUGCCAUCGCCGCCACCGUGUUCCGUAACGCCGGAUACACCGUUGACCUGUACGACUACGGCCAACCCCGUAUCGGUAACCUUGCGCUGGCCGACUACAUCACGGACCAGGACAUGGGCAGCAACUACCGGGUCACCCACACAGACGACAUCGUGCCCAAGCUCCCGCCCAAGCUCCUGGGCUACCACCACUUCAGCCCCGAGUACUGGAUCACCAGCGCCAACGACGUGACCGUGACCGACUCGGACGUCGACGACAUCGUGGGGGUGGACUCCACCGAGGGCAACGACGGCACCUGGCUGGACAGCGUGUCUGCCCACAAGUGGUACUUCAUCUACAUCAGCGAAUGCUCUUGAGCCAUCCCCCCCUCCUAGCCCCCUAGCCCUACAUCCAUGGAUCCAUCCAUAUCCAUUACCUUAAUCGGCCCUCUGUGCGCUGCGCCCUAAUCCUAAUACCAAGCCUUCACCCUUCCUUCUUUCUCCCAUCCACCAACCGCACAAACAAUAAACAGGACCACCCUAGAUACCUAUUACUGUAC